CCGCUCCGGGAACGGCCCCUCCUCCGCCUCCUGGGCGGAGCCCGCGCGGGAUCCGGGUGGCUGCAGGCUGUGGCUUCGGCGGCUGCGGGGCCGGGGUCGCGGCCAGGGCCAGGCCGCAGCGAGUUCAAAGGCGGAAUCCCAGCGGGCGGCGCCCCUUACGGGAGGUCACCCCUGGGAAGGAGCGCAGCCUGCCCCGCCCCUCCGCAUUCGAGCAGGACGCCUGUCUCCUCUCCCUGAGGAUUUCAGGUCUCCCUGUCCCGGGAGGCUAGUGCCAAGAUGGCAUCAGCUGGAGACCCCCCCGCAGGCCCACGGGAUGCAGCAGAUCAGAACUUCGACUAUAUGUUCAAACUGCUACUGAUAGGCAACAGCAGCGUGGGCAAGACUUCCUUCCUGUUCCGAUAUGCGGACGACUCCUUCACGCCCGCCUUCGUCAGCACCGUGGGCAUUGACUUCAAGGUCAAGACCGUCUACCGCCAUGACAAGAGGAUCAAGCUGCAGAUCUGGGACACGGCGGGCCAGGAGCGCUACCGCACCAUCACCACAGCCUACUACCGGGGAGCCAUGGGUUUCCUGCUCAUGUAUGACGUCGCCAAUCAGGAAUCCUUUGCCGCCGUGCAGGACUGGGCCACGCAAAUCAAGACCUACUCCUGGGACAACGCCCAGGUCAUCCUGGUGGGGAACAAGUGUGACCUGGAGGACGAACGUGUUGUGCCUGCCGAGGAUGGCCGGAGGCUCGCCGAUGACCUUGGUUUCGAGUUCUUUGAAGCCAGCGCCAAGGAGAACAUCAAUGUGAAGCAGGUCUUCGAGCGCCUGGUGGAUGUCAUCUGCGAAAAGAUGAACGAGUCCCUGGAACCCAGCUCCAGCUCAGGCAGCAACGGGAAAGGCCCGGCCGUGGGGGAUGCUCCAGCCCCCCAGCCCAGCAGCUGCAGCUGCUAGAGAUGUCCCCAAACCCCCUACCCUCCUCUCUCUGGCCUCGGCAGGGACUGUAAUUGAGGCAUGAGCCACAGUGGUUAUCUCCAAGCUCAGGGCAAUCCCUUCCCUUCUGUCAACUGCCCCCCGACUCCUGCAUGGCUCAUUCUUUCACAAUGUUGCCGUGGCUGCCAGGUUGCUCAGGCAGCCCCGGUGAGAGGCUACAGACCAUGGGGACUCAGCUCUGCAUGGCAGGCAGGGGCCCGGGGACAUUGACAUGCAUGAGCUUGCUGCUUUCCAGGGUGUGUUAAGAAGGGUGGCCGUGGGCGACACGUCCCACUCUGUCUGAUGGAGGGGCAUCCGUGGUGCCUUCUAGCUUAGAACCAUUUUCCAGGUCUCUUCUGGGUUGGGCAGGACUGAUAUUUCCAAGCUGGUGGAAGAUGCUUCAUCUUCUUCCUCGCACAGUGUGCAUUCUUGGACUUCGUCCAGGGAAGGCGGCGCCUCUUUCUCAGGUCCUGCAGGCUGGUCUCUGAGCCUGCCCCCACGAACUUCCUGGAUUCCAAGGUGGGAUGGUGAUUUUGACCCCUGCAGACCCUCUACUUACAAAAAGCAGCAUUAAAGCGGCCUUUCCCCAUUGUAGAAGGGACAAGGAGUCAGAUCCCCUCAACACCCCGGCUUCAGGGACCCCAGAAGUGCCUUCCAAGCUUCCCCCAAGAGCCACAUCACCCACAACCCUGCCACUGUUUUUGCUGUGUUCACCGCAUCUCUGAUCCUGAAUUGAAUUCUGGAACUAUGGACCACAUUAGACAGGGCAGAGAUUCACCCAACCCCUAGCACUCCGGCUCUGGGCUUUUGGCCAGAAGUUAAUUAACCUCAGAGUCAGGAGCCUGGGCCCUCCCUCCUAGGCCCUGUUUAGCUGGUUGUGUUUUAAGCAAGUUCUUGCCCAAUCAUACAUCCUGCUAGAAAAGGAAAUGAAGCAACGUUCCCAGCCACC